ACUCAUGAAGCCAUAGAAAAACAUCAAGAAAGAUGCUUUAAUAAUGAACCUUGUAUUCCUGUAAUGCCAACACCAAAAAUAAUAGUCAAUAAUGAAGUUCCACCACAAACUAACUUUAAGAAUAUUCAAAGAAUGCUAAUACGUCCAUACGUAAUUUAUUGUGAUUUCAAAUCUAUUUUGAAGCCUAUUCAAAACUGUGAACCAAAUCCGGAAAAUUCAUAUACUCAGAAAACACAACUUCAUAUUCCUUGUAGUUAUGGAUUAUACAUUUAAAAGUGUUAAUAACAACAUACAAAAUCCAUUGGAAAGUUAGAGGAAACGAAGAUGUUACUGUUGAUAAAUACUUUAUAAAUCGAAUAACUGAACACACACAAACAAUCCAUAAACUAUUAAAAAAAAGAAUAAACCUAUGAUAGAUGUCGAUUUAAGAAAGUGUUUUCUAUGUGAUGAUGAAUUUACUGAAAAUAAUCCAAAAAUAAGAGAACACGAUCAGUGUACUGGUGAAUAUUGUGGAGCUGCUUGUAAUUCAUGUCAUUUAAAAUACAAACAACCAUUGUUUAUUCCAUAAUCUCAUUCUUAUGAUUGUCAUCUGUUUGUAAAGAAUUUAGGUGAGGACAAGUGCAGCUUGAAGCUUAUUCCAGAUAAUGAAGAGAAUUACAUCUCCUUCAGCAAGAUUUUGAGAAUUCCCAGCAAAACUGGUCAUAACAAAAGAUCUAUAGCUCCUAACAAAUAUAUUGAAUUAUGAUUUAUUGAUUCAUUCAAAUAUUUAGCAAGUAGUUUGGAUGCUCUCUCAUCUAAUCUAGAAUAAGAACAAUUAAGAGAGAGAGAUAAUUUCUGCAGAUGAUUUAAAUAUUUUAUUCAGAAAGCAAGGAAUUAAAAUAAUUAGAAAAGGCAUCUAUCCUUAUGAAUACUUGAACUCAUUUCAGAGAUUUCAUGAAACCGAAUUACCAUCAAUUAAAGCAUUCUAUUUCUCCUUAACAAAAGAAAAUAUUUCCCAAAAAGAUUGGUUCCAGACUUUUAAAGCAUGAUCAUAUUUUAAAAUAAAGAAUUUAGGUUACAUCAAAACGAUCCUGAACAGGGACUUCAUUUGUCUUUGGAAAUCCAAUUCAAUUUCUCUUUGCAUAGCCUACUGAGCGGAUACUACAGAAAAUCAUUCAACGUUGAAACCCUUGCAUCAGAUCUCUCAGGACUCCAUUUCAGAAAGAAAAUGGCCACAGCUGUGGUCAAUGCUGACUCCAAUGGUAAGAUAUUUUAUUUGAACAUCACAGUAGAAGAGGGCAUAUACGAGUAUGAAGAGCUGCACAAACUUAAGCUACCGAUUGGAAGUGUCUCAUUUCCUAAUCUAUCGAAUCAGAGUGAAUUUAGUUCUUCAAAACCAACGAAAAACAAAACCUUUAAUUUGGUUCCAGCAGCCAAAGUGGAGUUUUUGAACUUGGAAGCCUUGCUCAAUGACAUGAACAUCCCACUCAACAAGAUAGCCUAUCCACCUAACGCGAUGCCACAUUUUUCUAAUGAGCAGAGUACAGGCUUAGCUUUUGCUAGGAAUGUCUUAUUCCCUUUACAAAAGCUCCUCGAUAACAGUUUCGAUAUCGAACCCCAGCUACAGCUAUUUUCUGAAGGAAAAUUUAAGGCUGAUUAUGUUCUGUUGAAUCCUAAAAAUAGAAAUGAAUACUAUGUCGCAGUCGAGAUGAAGAAGUGGAUGCAGCUUACUGCGUUAAAAACCAUCAAUGUAACAGAUCAGGGGAUAAAAGAUGCAUUAUGUGAGCCAGUGGCAGUAGACAUUGAUAGUUUACCUGAUAUAUUAAAUGAAGAUUGGUUCAAGAAGACAGACAACAACCGUGAUGCUUGGAUGGAACGUGUUGGCUUCAUAAAGCGGAAGAAUAAGAAUGGCAACGAAAGUUACGAUCAUUUGAAGGAGGAGGCCAAGCAGAAAGGAAACAGUAAGACAGAAUAUGAGUACUUAUAGCCAAAAAUCACAAGAAGAGGGAUGAAACCGAUGGCAUGUACAACUUCCGAAUGGGGAUAAAGCAACUCUAUGCCUACCUACAUGCGAUGAGGUUGAAACUAGCUUUCGGCAUCCUGACAUCGUACUGCCAUACCUAUUUUGUCAUUUGUAAAUGUGACUGUCCGACCAAGGAACAUACAUUACAAGUUUCAAAUUGCGUGAGGUAUGACCAAGACAUCAUUAAAAAGGUGACUUAAUUUAUUCACUUCACAAUGAACUCUGAAAGGAAAGAGAUCACGAACAUCCCUGUUCACUUGUCACUCGAGGUUGGAGCUGGAGAUUGGAAAGAGGAGAUGGUACAUCAGAUAAUGGACCAAUGAAGCAGGAAGAUAAGAAUAAACAUGGUCAAAAAGAAGGGAGUGGCACGAGGAAAAGAUGCAUGGAAGACAACACAGAGAGAGUAAAACAUAUGUUGUAUUUCAAUGGACGUGUAAUAGGAAGUGGAAGAUCUGGAUGCAUUUUGAGUCUUUCUGAUGGUCAGGGUCAUCUGUAUGCAGCAAAAAGCAUUUCUGGGCUGGAUGAGGAGAAGAGUCGUGAGGAAUAUGACAUCCUCUGUGAACUGCAGAACGAAGUUAAAAUCUACAAAAAGUUGAGAGGCCUGCAAGGUCAAAUUGUUCCAAAGUUUCAUUACAGCGGCUAUUUACAUGGUUGCGAAUACACCCUGCUCUUAGACGAACUCGAUGCUAAUCCUUUCUGGAAGUGUGACCCAUCGUAUGAGGAAAAGGAAGCGAUUGUUCAGGCGUUGGGCGAGAUCCACGCGGCCGGAGUUUUUUGCAUGGCGAUAUCAGGAAGCAGAAUAUUUUGUUACACAGGACCACCAAGCAUCUCUACUUUGUAGACUUUGGGUUUUCAAGGGAAUGUAGUUGCGAGAUGGCGUUCAAAGAAGAAACAAACAAGCUCGGAGCACUUUCAGACAUGUAACUUACUUAUUUGUCAUAGCGUAAUUUAAUGUAGAUUUUAGGCAAUUGAAGACAUUGUGUUUAUUUGUGGGGCCAAUUGCUACUAACUCAGUGAUUACGCUUGAAAAAACCUGAGUAACAUUGAUUUAAAAUAAAUGUUUUUGAAGAACACGUACUGUUAUAUUAUUCAUAAUCAUUCCAACACACAAAAAUAGCAAACAAUGGUUUUGGAGCCAUUUCAGAAUCAAGUCAAAAAUAUUUUCAUAAGAACAACGCCCAUUAUUUAAUUCUAUUAACAUUCUUUUUUUUAUAAAAUACAUAGAAGAAAAACCACAUGAGGUAUGCAUAAUGCUGCUUUAAAUGGUAGUAUUUCUCGGUAGUCAUUUUUUUAAUCAUCCAAUGCCGAGCGCCAGAAAAUUUGAUUUUGGAAACUCAACUGGAUUCUGUAACUAAUCCUUAAAUUUCUAGAAUGCACACAUUCAAUAUAUUGGUGGUGCUACGGGUCGUUUUUGAGGUAACUGCACCUAGAUUUUUAUGGUUUUAGCAGAUUUUAUUGUGCCCACACGAACUGGUCUCAUAUUGCAACAGUGAAAACAAUAGUAAUUUCAUAGCGAAAGCAGUGUUUGCAUGCGAUUUUAAGGUAUAAAACCUGCCAUUUUCUGAUAAUUUUAUUCGCUUUUUAAAAUAUGUGCGCUAUAGAAAUUAAAGUUUCUUUUAUCUA